AGCGCAGCUCACGCGAGUGGUUCACUCGGAGCUGGCGGGGAGGAUGGCCGGCUUCGCUUCGCUGGGGCUGUCAUCGUGGCUCGUGGAACAAUGUCGGCAGCUGGGUUUGAAGCAACCCACGCCUGUACAGCUCGGCUGCAUCCCCGCCAUCCUGGAGGGUCGAGACUGCUUGGGCUGUGCCAAGACAGGCAGUGGCAAGACAGCAGCAUUUGUCCUGCCCAUCUUGCAGAAGCUGUCUGAGGACCCCUAUGGCAUCUUCUGCCUUGUCCUGACACCCACCAGGGAGCUGGCCUACCAGAUUGCAGAGCAGUUCCGGGUCCUGGGGAAGCCUUUGGGCCUGAAAGACUGCAUCAUUGUCGGCGGCAUGGACAUGGUGGCCCAGGCCCUAGAGCUGUCCCGGAAGCCACAUGUGGUCAUCGCCACACCAGGGCGCCUGGCUGACCACCUCCGUAGCUCCAACACUUUCAGCAUAAAGAAGAUCCGCUUCCUGGUGAUGGAUGAGGCCGACCGGCUGUUGGAACAGGGCUGCACUGACUUCACUGCGGACCUGGAGACCAUCCUGGCAGCCGUGCCCACUCGCAGACAGACGCUGCUCUUCAGCGCCACACUGACUGACACGCUCAGAGAGCUUCAGGGUCUGGCCACCAACCAGCCCUUCUUCUGGGAGGCUCAGGCCCCGGUGCGUACGGUGGAACAGCUGGACCAGCGCUACCUGUUGGUGCCUGAGAAGGUCAAGGAUGCCUAUCUGGUCCACCUGAUUCAGAACUUCCAGGAUGAGCACGAGGACUGGUCCAUCAUCAUCUUCACCAACACGUGCAAGACCUGCCAGAUCCUGUGCAUGAUGCUGCGUAAAUUCAACUUCCCCACCGUGGCUCUGCAUUCCAUGAUGAAACAGAAAGAACGCUUUGCUGCCCUGGCCAAAUUCAAGUCCAGCAUCUAUAGGAUCCUGAUUGCAACAGACGUGGCCUCCCGGGGCCUGGACAUUCCCACAGUGCAAGUGGUUAUCAACCACAACACCCCCGGGCUCCCGAAGAUCUAUAUACACCGCGUCGGGCGGACAGCCCGUGCAGGGCGGCAAGGACAGGCCAUCACACUGGUGACGCAGUAUGACAUCCACCUGGUACAUGCCAUCGAGGAGCAGAUCAAGAAGAAGCUGGAGGAGUUCUCGGUGGAGGAGGCCAAGGUGCUGCAGAUCCUUACGCAGGUCAACGUGGUGCGGAGGGAGUGUGAGAUUAAACUGGAGGCGGCCAACUUUGAUGAAAAGAAGGAGAUCAACAAGCGGAAGCAGCUGAUCCUGGAGGGGAAGGACCCCGACCUGGAGGCCAAACGGAAGGCUGAGCUGGCCAAGAUCAAGCAGAAGAACCGGCGCUUCAAGGAGAAGGUGGAGCGGGUGCUGCAGCGGCAGAAGGGUGGCGGGCCGGGCCGCAGGGGGCGUCCGCCCAGGGCCCCCCCUGAAGGCCACUCGGCCCCAGCACCCACCCAGGACCAGUCCUGAGUCCUGUGUGGCCCCCGCCUGGCCAGCCUGGGAUUCCUUCAUGGAACCAAGGGUCAGAGGGGUCCUCUCCUCCCCGGACCUGCUCUGUCCCUGUCGUUGGAACCCACGGACACCCACGUGGUGCACCGCACGGCUCUUCCCGCCCUGCGGCCCCUUCUCAGAGCCUCUGCCAAAAGCCAGGCUGCAGAGGAGGAAAGAAUACCAGCUACAAAGUUGAGCUCAACUCCACACACAGUGACCCGGCUUCAGGGUCACCUCGGCAGGGGGUGGGGAUUGCCACGGGGCCCUGAAGCCAAGAUGUGUUGGUUGUACGAGUCACCAAAUAAAUGGGUCUCUCCACUUCCCCAUCCGACUC